UUUUACCGGUACUGUACACCUUUUGUCACAUGACCUAAUUUAUGUUUACCGUUAUACUCACUUUCUGCCAUAGUACCAUUUUGUCGUGUACCAUUUUUGUUUUAUCAUUUUCAUUUCUUAUCCAAUCCAAUUUUCUAUCAUUUUCGUGUUUCAUUUUUUAUUUCGAUCCGCUUUUCGUUUUCAUUUUUUAAAUGCGGAAGGGCUGCAACUUUGGGACACGCCCAAAACGUCGCUCGGCCAUAACAUGCUUUAAGAUGUUCUAAUCUUACCAAAAUUUAGUGUUUAACGAUUCCUCUAACCGAGAUAAGGAGAUUGGUACCAAAAUUGAUAAGGGUCAGACAUUUUUCAUCAAGUUAUGGUUUUCGCCGUUAUGGCCGCGCGCCGUUUAGGGCUGUACCCUGCAGCUUUGCAUAUUCCACUUGCUUCAAUAUUCAAAUUUUAGUUGCAAUUUUGGUUCUGUUAUGAUACAACAUUCCUGAUACCAAGCUCUAGUUAACAACAAAUAUAUUGCAAUGUCAACUCGACAAAUAUAUUUUCUCUUGCCUUUUACAAAUUUCACAAGAACUUCAACAUUUUGUUCACAAGCUCUAGUUAACAACAAAUUUCAAUCAAAAGACGAAAACAAAAUUGUAGAACACUUUGGUGGAUUAAAAAGAGAAGAUGACUGGCUCAAGACAGCCGAAAAAUUUGUGGAAAACUGGUCUGUUCUUCGUUGGCCUAGACAUGGUUGUGGUGGGAGAAGUUAUGCUUUGAUUGGAACUCUUGCUGAUAUGGAACGUGCAUUAUUGGACUAUGCGUUUAAUUUUGUUUGGAAACAGCUUCAAUUGGAUGAUAAUGUUAAGAAUGUGGAGAUGGUUAAUGUCGAGGAUAUUCUACCUGUUUCUACAACAAGAGCUUGUGGUGUACCUUUUCAAACUGGCCAAAACCCAAUGCAAUAUCGAAUUUUUUAUGUUGAUGAUAUCUACAAUUCUAGUCAAAAACAAAUUCAAUUAUCUGAUGAUUUAGACUUCUGUCUUUCUGGAACAGCAGAAAUGGGAAUUGCAAAUCAACUUAGAAACCGUGUUUUUCAACAAGAUCAAUUGCCAACAUAUUUUUUAUCAGAAAGUACCUGUUUUCGUCCUGAAAUUUCUAAAGGAGGCUUGGAAUGUGGUCUAUACAGAGUUCAUCAAUUUAAAAAGGUUGAAAUGUUUGUUGUCUGUACUGAAAAACAAAGUUCGGAUGAAUUGCAGCGGAUUGUAAAAAUUCAAAAAAAUUUAUUUUCUUCUCUGGGGCUUCAUUGUCGUCUUUUGGAUAUGUGUCAAGAAGAGUGUGGUAACUCAGCUUCUCAAAAAUUUGAUAUAGAGACGUGGAUGCCUGGCAGGAAGCAAUGGGGAGAGUUAUCUAGUGCUAGCAAUUGUACUGAUUAUCAAUCUCGAAGGCUUAAAAUUUCUUAUAGAUCUGACAGUUCUCCAAAUAAUACUUCUCUGCAUUAUUGUCACACUUGCAACGGCACUGGAAUUGCCUCGACUCGACUCAUUAUUGCACUUUUAGAAUCAUCUCAAUUGUCACCGUGUCAUCUUCAACUACAUGAAUUAAUCAAAAAGAUGCUUCCUGUUGAAAGAAGUUCUGUUUUAAAAUGUGGAAAGGCCAAAGCAAUUGAUUAUUUUGUUGAUAAUGGCGUUUGUUAAAUAAUUUUUUGUCCAUACUAUGGAUGGGUCUGAAAAAAAUCGAGUCGGAUUUUGUUCGAAAAAAGUCCGGGUUUAGGUUCAGGUAACCCGACCCAUCCUUCAUCCAUUUUUUUUUGUUUUUAUUAGAAGAAUCUAGCUGCGUGUUAGGAAUUUUUGGGAAAUUUUCUUGCGGACAUUUUUGAAAUUAAUUUCAUACCCCUCAGCAGUGGGGGAGGGGAGGGUGGGUAGGUAAUGGACAUUUUGUGGCUCCGGUUCCUACUCUUCAAAUUUUUUCUAGGCUAAGGUCAUUUUAAAAUCUUAGCUCCGCUGGAGCUAGCUCCUGAAGGCAUACCCAGCAUUUCUCCUGACUCCUCACAAUCAAUCAAAUUUCUAAACUUUUAUAUUUAUAGUGGAUUUAAUAAUUCAACACCAAAAAUUUCUUCUCAAAUAGCAACGAAAAAUAAAACUAUUUUUCACGGAGGAUUUAAAUAUUAUCACAAAGAGGGUAAUAUAUUUCGUUGCGAAUUGAAUCAAAAAAAACAAAUCCGUUGCAACGGAAAUUUGAAGAUCAAAUAUAAUAAAAUUAUUAGAGUAAAACCACACAAUGAUGAGUGCAUUAAGAAUAAGUUAGUACUUUUCACUCCACGCAAGUGAAUAAAUCCAAAUUCUGUUUUUAAUGAUUUUUUAAGAUAAUCCUUUUAGAAAACCUUUUCAACGUCCAAUAAGAUAUCAGCAACAAGCAUUGCUAUAUGUGUAUUUUCCAGUGCAUUUUUUGCAUCCCAUUUCGGCCAUUCAUCAAAAGAACCAUGUGUACAAGCAUCGAUCUUAAAUUUCAGAUUUUUAAAUGAAUUACAAAAUUUUUAUGAAAUUUUCACUUUUCGGGAUUUUUAGGAUACCUUUUCUAAAUUAAUUUAUUUGUAGGAUCAAGAACAAGAAUUGCUGGAUGUGCUUUAUGAUCCAACAUUUCCUGCAAUUCACUCAAAAAGUGGAAAAUUUGUUCCACCUGAGAAACUUUUAUCACCGCUUGGAUCUUUUGCUUUUUUUUCUUCUAUUUCUGUUGUUCCUGCCGCUGCGUCACCUAUAGCUUCACCAUCUCAAAUCUUCAUAUUCAAGAUAUUUCUAAAUCAAAAGCACCUCCAACUGCUCAGUAAAUAUUUUAAUUUUUUGUCUGAACCGGAGAUGAAGAUUUGAGAUGGUGUAGCUAUAGGUGACGCAGCGGCAGGAACAACAGAAAUAGAAGAAGAAAAAGCAAAAGAUCCAAGCGGUGAUAAAAGUUUCU